AUGGAAAGACAAACAAAAAGAAGAAGAAAGACUCUCAAUUCUUCUUUACAACAACAAAUCAUCGCUUCUUCCAUUCAAACAAGAAGCAAAACAAGGAGUCUUGUAAUUGAUUUUUACUUUCCUGAUGAAUGUUGGGAAUUUGUCUUCAAAUUCCUCAUCAACUAUGGUAAUAGCGAUGGCAACAACCGUUUGUACUUGAGAUGUCUCUCCUUUGUCUCUAAACAGUUCUUAUCCAUCACCAAUCGUCUCAGAUUCUCACUCAAUAUCUCGAAUUCAACACGCCCUUUACUUCCUCGCCUUUUCCAAAGGUUCACCAACCUCACCUCCCUCAAUCUUACGCACUUUCGUGGAGACUUAGACGCGCUGCUUGCUGAAAUUAGUUGUUUUCCAUUGAACCUCACAUCACUCGAUCUCUCCCAAAAACCCACCAUUCCCGCAAAUGGGUUGCGAGCUUUCUCCCAAAACAUUACAACUUUGACCUCUCUCACCUGUUCCUUUACUAAAUCUAUCAAUUACUCUGACUUGUUCCUCAUGGUAGAUUGUUUCCCCAAUUUGCAGAUGCUUGAUUUGAGAUAUUCCUACGAUGUAUCUGAAGAAGCUGUUGUUCAUGUUUUAAGGACAUGUUGUAACAUUAGACAUUUGAACUUAACCCGCUGUUCAAGAGUGAAGUUACGUACAUUGAACUUUAAAGUUCUCAAACUGGAGGUGUUGAACUUGUCAUUUACAAGAGUUGAUGAUGAAGCACUUAAUGUGAUUUCAAAGAGUUGUUCUGGGCUUUUGCAACUGUUGUUGUUUUAUUGUAGUGAUGUCACAGAUAAAGGAGUGAAUCAUGUGGUAGAAAACUGCACACAACUUAGAGAGAUCGAUUUGGGGGGUUGUGAUAAAGUGCAUGCAAAUGUUGUUGCCUCAAUGGUACAUUCACGGACAUCAUUGAGAAAGAUAGGAGCUCCACCUGGUUUUGAUUUGAGUGAUACGGAGAAACUCUUCUUGCACCAUGGAUGCUAUGUUUCGUAG